AUGAAAGUGUUUGCCAUCGCUUGUGUUACCCUCUUGGCGGCCGCCAGCUGUUCCUGGGCCGCUCCCAGUGUCCAAGACAACAGAAUCGAAAGUGAUAACACGCUCAGCAGGGCCGCCCGCUAUCUGGGUGCCUGUUUGGAGAGCGAUGACAUGGCCACCUGUCUGGCUGUCAAGGGCAUCACUGCCCUGAACCGUGCCGCCAGGAGCAACAACAUUGAGCUUGCCAGCGGUGUCACCUUCCAGAGAGAUCCUGCCAGUCCCGUACAGCGCAAUGGCAAGUCCCUCAGCGAACAGGAUAUCUAUGCGGAGCUGCCCCAGAACGCCGAGGAUCGCAAUGGACGCUUGGUCGAUCUAGCCAUUUCCAGCAUGACCGACUUCUUGACCACCCACAACUUGGAGUUCAAGCUGCCCUCGGAGACUACCCAGCAGGUGGCUCGCGCUCUGGAUGAAGGUCGUGGCAAGAUCAAGAAGAUGAUUGGACCCAUUGCCCUGGCUAUUGGCGCCAAACUGUUCGCCGUCGUUCCUUUGGUCCUCGGAUUCCUCGCUCUGCUAACCUUCAAGGCCGUGAUUGUGGCCAAGCUUGCCUUCUUCUUGGCCAUCCUGGUUGGCGGCUCCCGUCUUCUGGGCGGAUUUGGUAACAAGUUCGGCGGUAACGCCAUCGGCGGCGGUUACAGCUCGAACGCCUGGUCUGCCCCUGCCAGUGCUGGCUGGAGCUCGGGUGCCUCUUCGUCCUAUCCCUAUGCACGCAGCAUCAACGAGGAGCAGGUCGAUGCCCAGGAGUUGGCCUACGCCGGACAGCAGCAGCAGUAAGCAGUCAGGAGUCAGGAGAGUAGCCGUGGAUGCCGUUGGUGCCACUA